ACGUAGUCUUGAAAUGUUGAGGUUGCCACAUGGCAUUAGAUUCAUGACACAUGGCAGGCAGUGAAGGAUUGUCUCUGCCACGUUUCUGGGACAGCUGCCACCUUUGAUAUGCUCUUAAACCCCCCAGCAACAACAGCAGAUGCAGCAAGGCAGCGAAGGAUUGCAGUUCCCAAGUUUAAUAAUUCCAAGAAGUUAACUUAGCUAGUGUCUUGGUUGAGGGAGGAGGUAUGGCUCUAAGUAGGCGAUUUAUUCUUGUGUUGGUGGUGUUGAUGGUUGCUGUGGUUGGUUGCUACUCCAGCAGCAGCAGUGGUAGCAGUAGCAUAAGGAAUGAGGAAUUAGGAGAAGAGUUUGAGAAGGCCAAGUACAAGUCAGAGGAGAAGGCAGGAGAGACGACGGAGUCAUGGACGGAGUGGGCCAAGGAGAAAAUGGGGUUGAAAGAAGAUGCCCCCCCCAACCCUAAGCGACCUUCUGAGGGAGCCACUGAGACGUCUACUAGGACUACCAAGGACAUGGCCUCUGAGAAGGCCAAAGAAUUCAAGGAUGCGGCAGCGGAGAAGGCUAGCGAGAUGGCAUAUGCUGCAAAAGGAAAAAUCAGUGAGACGCUCCAUGCGGUUAAGGAGGAGCUGGGUGCAGUCACUGAGGAAGCCAAUGAGGCCAAGCAAAAGGCAUCAUUAAAGGCUGAGGAAGCCAAGGAGAAGGCCAAAGAGACUGCACAGGCGGCGGUGAAGAAGGCGGAGAAAGCCAUGGAGAUUGCCAAAGAGAAGGCGGCGAAGGCAGCACAGGAGGCGAAAGAGAAGGGUUCUAAGAAGGCAGAAGAAGCCAAGGGGCAGGCAGAAGAGAAUUUAAAGCAGGCAGAAGAGAAUUUGAAGUGGGCAAAAGAGAAAGCAAAAGAGGGUUACGAGACUGCCAAGAACAAGGCAGAGGAGACAAGGGAGAGUGGGAAGCACAAAUCACAUCAGAUUAAAGAUAACAUAGCCACUCCAGGCCUUACCCCUACCGAUGAUGAAGAGCUCUAGACUCACUCCCUAAUACGUAUGGUUUUUUUUUUUUGGUUUGGGGUGUGUUAUCAACCACAUGUAAUUUUCAACUCUUUGUAGACUAAUACGUACGUGUUUAUUAUAUAUUAU